AUGAUUGCCAAAGAAGCUGACCUUGUCCCCCGUGGCGAGAGUACCGGCGAAGUUGAUCAUAUGCGUCCUAUGAAGGUCGUCGUUAUCGGUGCAGGAAUUUCCGGUAUCCUUGCAGCCAUUCGCUUCACUCAGCGUAUCCCUAACUUGGAUCUCGUCGUGUAUGACAAGAACCCUGAAGUCGGCGGUACUUGGUAUGAGAAUCGGUAUCCAGGAGUGGCAUGUGAUGUCCCGUCCCACGUGUACCAAGCAUCAUUUGAACCGAACCCCAGCUGGUCCCAGUUCUACUCAUCUGGUGGUGAAAUUCUCGAAUACUGGAAAGGAAUCGUCGAGAAGUACGAUGUGCGCAAGUACAUGAAACUCAACAACAAGAUUGUGGAGGCAAGUUUCGAUGACUCACAGUCCAAGUGGCAUGUGGUCGUUCAGAACUGCGUUACUGGGGAGGUUAUCGAAGACAGCUGCGAUGUUUUGUACGCAUGCAUCGGGGCAUUGAAUGAUUGGAAGUGGCCUGACAUCCCAGGUCUUAACACCUUUAAGGGCAAGCUCCUCCACAGUGCAUCGUGGGAUGAGCGCUGGAACCCAGAGGGUCUUUCUGUCGCGGUUAUUGGCUCUGGUUCAAGUGCGAUCCAAAUUGUCCCAGCUAUUCAGCCGAAGACCAAGCGAAUCGAUAAUUAUGUUAGGGGUCAAACCUGGAUCGCUCCCCCAUGGGCCCAGGAUGAAGUUCGCAAGCACACGGCCAAGAGUGCUAAUUUCAACUUUACGCCAGAGGAAAUCAAGGAGUUCAAAGAAAAUCCAGAGACGCUCUUGGCAUAUCGCAAACGGCUGGAGACAGAAGUGCAGUCGAUGACGAAGUAUCUUCUGCGUGGCGAGCUUGCAGAGCAGGCAGCUUCUGAUUUCAAGGAACACAUGGCCACAAAAUUGCUUAAGAAGCCGGAGAUCCUUGACAAGAUUCUCCCAUCCUUUGCCCCCGGUUGUCGACGCAUUACACCUGGUCCUGGAUAUCUUGAAGCGUUAAGCGAGGACAAUGUGUCUUUCAUCUCGGAUACGAUCUCCCACGUUACAGAAGAGGGAAUUGUCACGAUCGAUGGUACACUAAGGAAGGUCGAUGCCAUUGUCUGUGCAACUGGUUUUGACACUAGCUUUUCCAAGCGAUUUCCAAUUUAUGGAAGCGGCGCUAAGCACACACGCGCGCCGAAUCUCUUCUUUGCCCAUGGCCCAAGCUCUGGAAUUGGAGUUGGAUCUCUUGUCAUUGUCCUCGAACGAACUUGCGAUUAUGUCUGCUCCGUUAUCGCGAAAAUGCAAAAAGAUCGCAUCGCAACAAUUCAGCCGAAGCGAGAAAGCUGUGACUCAUUCAAGAGAUAUUGCGAGCAGUUUUUCAAGAAAACAGUGUUCUCGCUACCUUGUCGCUCCUGGUACAAGCGAGGGACUGAGAAUGGUCCCGUCACUGCUCUCUGGCCUGGAUCGUCUAUCCACUUUGUGAAGGUCCUGGAGAAGCCCCGCUUCGAAGAUUACGACUACACGUAUAUCAGUGGAAAUGAUAUGGCCUGGAUCGGUAACGGCUUGACUAUAGGGGAGUCUGAUUCCAGUGUGGAUAUGGUUGAGUAUCUUCACCCGGAAAACAUUGAUUUCCCACGGUUCUAG